GGCGUGUUCGUUACGCAAGGACUUUACUUCAAGCAGUGCAUGCAUGCUACAAACGUGUUCUUUAUUCGUUUUUGGACCUUUCUUAAGUUCACUUGCUGUCGUUUGUAAGAAGUCUUUGAUUUGCAUUGAUUCGAACAUCUCUAAACAAAGUCAGGGAUUCAGCAGUAAAGAUGGCAGCCUCUCUGCUCAGGGUUGGACGACUUGGAUCUCUCAGGUGUCUGCAGUUGGAGAGUUCUUUAAGAGCUCCAGUUGUCGCUCUUAGUUCAAAGUCUGGGGAUAGCAAGAAGUCCAAAAUGUCCAACAAAGACAAAGGGGCUCCAAAAACCUACUUCAAUAUAGAAAAACUUGUCCAACACAAAGCGUAUGUGGAAUUCCCUAAGAAGGAGGUUGCAGCCCCAGCUGCUGCUGCUACCUUUACAAAAGCUGCACCAGCUGCUAACCCUGUAUCUGAACCAGUUGCCUCUGAGCCAGUUGUGACUACCAUGGCUGUGCCUGCUGCAACAGAAGCACCAGCCACUACUGCUUCAGCUGUUGUCCCUGCAGCUGAAGUCACAACCCCUGCAGCUGAAGCCUCUGAAGUCACUACCCUUAAUGCUGAGGCAGCUGCUCCUGCUGCUGAAGCUGCUGCCCCUGCAGUUGAAGCUACUGAAGUCACUACCCUUACUGCUGAGGCAGAUGCUCCUGCUGCUGAAACUGCUGCCCCUGCAGCUGAAGCUACUGAAGUCACUACCCUUACUGCUGAGGCAGCUGCUCCUGCUGCUGCUGCCCCUGCAGCUGAAGUCACAACCCCUGCAACUGAAGCUGCUGAAGUCACUACCCUUGCUGCUGAGGCAGCUACUCCUGCUGAAGCUGCUGCCCCUGCAGCUGAAGUCACAACCCCUGCAACUGAAGCUGCUGAAGUCACUACCCUUGCUGCUGAGGCAGCUACUCCUGCUGAAGCUGCUGCCCCUGCAGCUGAAGUCACAACCCCUGCAACUGAAGCUGCUGAGGUCACAACCCCUGCAACUGAAGCUGCUGAAGUCACUACCCUUGCUGCUGAGGCAGCUACUCCUGCUGAAGCUGCUGCCCCUGCAGCUGAAGUCACAACCCCUGCAACUGAAGCUGCUGAAGUCACAACCCCUGCAACUGAAGCUGCUGAAGUCACUACCCUUGCUGCUGAGGCAGCUACUCCUGCUGAAGCUGCUGCCUCUGCAGCUGAAGCCACAGCCCCUGCAGCUAAAGCCGUUGAAGUCACUAUCCCUGCAGCUGAGGCAGCUGCUUCUGAAGCUGUUACCCCUGCAGCUGAGGCAGAUGCUCCUGCAGCUGAAGCUGCUGCUCCUGCAGUUGAAAACUCUGUUACUGCAAGUGAACCUGUUGCACCUGUUGUUGAAAAUGCUGCCCCUGCAGCUGAAGAGACUUCAGCUGAAGCACCUGCAGUUGAAGCUGCUGCCCCUGCACUCGAAAGCGUUACACCUGCAGUCGAAAGCACUGAAGCCACUGCCACUUCUUGUUCACCUGAAGCUGGUGCCACCAAGCCUAGUUAUGUUGCUGAAGCUCCUGUUUUUGAUGAACCAGCCUCUGUAGCUACAGCUGCACCUUCAGAGACUGUUGCCGAAACCGCAUCUCCUGCUUCUGAGUCCGUUACCACAGUCGCAGAACCUAUUGUUGAACUUGCCACUCCUGUGGCUGAAGCUGCCACUCCUGAAGCUCCUGCAGCUAAAGCCAAUGCUGAUGUUGCACCAGCUUCUGAAGCCACACCUACAGAAGAUACACCUGCCAAAGAAGCACUUGAUGAAGCUGCCUCCGUUGUAGAGGCUGUCACUGAAGUUGUUGCAGAAGCUGUGGCUGAAGCUACCCCCAUUGAGCCUGUUGUAGAGCCUUUUGCAGAAGCAUCUCCUGUUGAAGAUUCUGCCCCUGUGAUAACAGAUGCUACUGACCAAGCUGCAGUUGUGGAGACGCCUGAGGCUGGAUUAGACCCCAUUCAGAAACUUUUCCUUGAUGCAAUUCGCUCAUACUCCACCCAGAGCAAUACUGUUGGCAGUCUAGUUGAUGCAGGCCCAGAGUACCAGAAGGCUCUUGCUGAGGAAAUAACUAAAUUGCAGCGGCUGUAUGGUGGUGGAGACCUGACCUCCUUUCCAGAGUUUAAAUUCCCUGAACCUAAAUUUGAUGACAUGUCCUCCAAGUAAACAGCCUUUAUUUCUGUUUUCCUCUCCUGUGCCUCAGUGAAUUUUGUGAAAGAGGUCUGUUAAAUUACUUGUCUUUCAUCUGUAAAAGUGAAAGUUUUAUGAGAAUAUUUUGUGACUCUGAAUAGCUAUUUUCAAUAAAUCUUAUAUAUCUUGAAAGAAAGCUAUUUCAUGUAUAGUAUGUACAUGUGGAAGAGAGUAUAGCUUAGCUGUAAAAAAAAAAUAAAAAUUUCAUGUGCUGUAAUACUUGUCAGUGAGUUUAUGUGAAAUAUUUUUGGAAAUAAUGCUGAAUAAACUGAGCCAC